GGCAGCGUUUGGUUCGAUGUCACUGCCGCCGCCGGCGCGGGGGCGGGGCCAUCGGGGCAAAGAUGGCGCUGAACAGGAACCACUCGCAGGAGGGUGGUGUCAUCAUCCCCAAUGCCGAGAGUGUCCUCAAACAGUGUAAGGAUGUGGAGCUCUCCUUCAGUGAUGUGACAGGCAAGCCUGAAAUCUUCAAAGGCACCAAGAAAGGAGUGUUGUAUCUCACCCCUUACAGGAUGAUCUUUGUGUCCAAGGGCAAGGAUCCUAUGCUGUCUUUCAUGAUGCCGUUUUAUUUGGUGAAAGGAUGCUCCAUUGAGCAGCCUGUUUUCUCUGCUAAUUACAUCAAAGGACAGAUCCAGGCUGAGGCUGGAGGUGGCUGGGAAGGGCAGGGGACAUUUAAACUGACUUUCAACAGUGGAGGAGCCAUUGAGUUUGGACAGCUGAUGUUGAAAGCUGCUUCUGCUGCUUCCAGUGGCGUUCCUCUGCAGAACCCUGGUUAUGGAUACACGCCUGUUCCCGGAGGAUAUGCACCCACUCUGCCUGCCCCUGGGGGCUACUCACCUGUGCCAGGAGGCUACGCUGCCCCACCGCUACCGAACGGAUCUUAUCCCUAUGCACCACCUCCAGUGAAUGCCUACGGACCUGCUCCACAGCCCAUGGGAUAUCCAUACGCCCAGACUCCAGGUAUUUACCCACCACUUCCAAACGUGAACCCCAUGUACAUGCCAUCUCCACCACCCUACUCUGGGGCACCUCCUGCAGCACCCUCAGCUCCCCCAGUCUGGGUGAGCCCAGGAAUGCCAGGAGGCAGUAAGGCCGUGGAAGCUGCUUCUAGUGCAUAUUACAACCCUGCCAACCCACACAAUGUGUACAUGCCCAUGGAUCAGCCGCCUCCUUAUGCACCUCCUGAGGAUAAGAAGAACAACUAACAGAAGGAAAUUGCAGCUAGCCUCCCACAUUCUCUCUCCCUGAAGACUCUUUGGCUGUUAGUACCCCUCAAGUUAGCAUAUCUCUAGAUCUCUGUCUACAAUAUAGUGCUGAGCGGCUGAGCACCUGCCCUCUUUAAACAUUGAGUCAGUGGCAAUACAAGGCAGGACAACAGCACUUUCCUACUUACUUGCUUUAUUUCUUGGGGUUGAAGGACUAACUUUUGCCCUGCCGUUGGUUUCAGGAGAGAGAUGGACUUCUUAUUAUUAAACUGUAUCACAUGACUAAUCUAGGACUAAAAUGUGAAGGCUCUGGGAUCUUGUUGUGGUAGAACAACUUGGAAUGCCAAACUUUUGACUUCUGAAGCCUGUCCAGGAAGAAAGGUGUAGAGAGCUGUGGGGUUCCCUGAGGAUCCUCAGGUGCGCUAGAAAGGCGUUAAAUUUCCUUAAAUUCUAGGGCAGUUCAGUGUGAGAUGGGACUUUGGAAAUCCUGUAUUGCGUUGGAAGUGUGUGGCAUCCUGGACUAACCGUUGAGGGGUGAUGACCCUGAGAAGUGCAUUUGAAGAGGUGCUGAAGCAUUUGGCUGCACAAGAGGGAAGGGGAUGGGUCCCAGUCAACCUGUCUUUGUAGCCAUUGAAUAGAGACAAAAACAGAGGUGUGCCUCAGGGCAGUGAGAUCAUAGACUGGUAGGCCUAUGAAGAUCACUGUCUUUUCCCUGUCUGAGCACGCCCCAUAUCUGUGCAAGGAUUCUGUGUCAAGCAGCUGUGUAAUGGAGUCAAGUGCUGCAUGCCUUGGAGUAAAAUGUUACAUUAGGCAGAUGACCUGGAACUAGCUUUAUCAGGAGACAAGUCCUGCAGCCCUGGCUCCCCCUGCUGAGCAAGCUUGCACUAUGUGCUACUUCCGUAGGGGAGAACUGGCCUUCAUGUUUUCCUUCAGCUGCUGGAGCCAAGCUGUGUGUGCCCACGUCUGAGCAACCAACACGGGCAGGUGGGCACUGUAAUUCAAGAGUUGGUUGCUCACAGGUGCAAUGCCCUCAGCUGGGAACUGCUGUCUGGAUGGGGUUACUAAUGCUCGGCUCUCUUGCAGAGACUGGCUGCUCAGCCACCUUUCCUUUUUCCUUAGGACGUAGUGCCGUUAAACUUGCUCUGAAGAGUCUCUGUUCUGGUGGAGAGCUUUGUGAUCCUUUAUAUAUAGGGUGAUUGUACUUCUUCUUACAGCCUCCCUACCUUCACAAGGAGGGGUAAGGAGUGUUUUCCCUCUUCACUAUACGGCAGGGCUCUCCUGCAAGUCAGGUUUGCACAACUUAAAAGUAUGAAUUUCUAAAGCAGUUCCACAUGGGGGGGUGUAAGUUUCCUUAUCGAUAAAUACUUUUUCUGACUUAGAGAUAUUCUAACAACUCUGUAUUUAAAAAAAAAAAUCAACCAUGAAUGUUUGUAACUUUUUGAAUUGCACUUUAAUACAGGAGUGUUGAUAUCUUUAUCUGGCA